CUGCUGUGUUACAAUCUUUGCAAUUCGAUCAAUCUCCAUAAACUAAAAAAAGUGAAAUUUGUAAGACGACAAGUACGACGAGUGAUUAGUUUCUUUAUAAUUUUUAAAAAUGGGAGUGCAAAAGCUAAUCGUUGCGAGUGAUGAUAUAGAAGUAGAAAUCCAGUUCGAUAUCACUGGCAAAUUGAACGAUUUACGGAAGACUUUGAUCGAACUUCAUCACAUUUGUGAAGACGAUGAAAAACAGCCCUGGCGUUUCGUGAAAGUCGACACUGGUAAAAUAACUGACAUGGAGUACGAAGCAUACAUUCCAGUCAAGGAUUACAUCUACGACACGAACAAAAUACGUAUAACCAGUCUCAAGAAAGAUCUGCAAGUAUUUGCUGACUCUGCUCAGGAAACCAUCGAGUUCAAUGUUACGAAUACCCUUGCUGAGUUACGAAAAGCUUUGAUCGAAAAAACUUUCAUUAAGAACGAUACUGAAACUACCGGUUGGCGAUUCCUGUCACCAACAUUCGAUCCGGAGAGAGGUACCGUGACUGAUGCAAUUAUCACAAUGGAUGGAAGUGAAAAGACAACGAAGGUAAAAGAUUUUUUAUUUGGCAGCAGCAAGGUACGCAUGGUCGAUGUUAAGCGUAAGAUCCAGCCCGAUCUAAUUGGUGUUAGUUCGGACUAUUUCUCGGAUGGAGACAUUAACGUUAUAAUAUCACAGAAUGGCGCAAUUACGAAAGACAAAUUUCAACCAAUAAUGAUGACAAAUGUUCGACCGGCCAGAGAAGAUGGUGUAAUUACGAAUUUCUCUAACGUAGUUCUGUGCGAAAAAGGCACGGCUGUACGUAUCCGCGUGGAAAGUAGGACCCAUAAAGGAAUGAUGUAUAGUAUAGUACCUGAUGAGGGUGAUCCUAUUUCUCUCGGCUCAAUUUGUACAUAUACAGGAUAUACAGCAACCACUUACGAGAACGGUGACGCUAUUAUAAUUGUUUCGUCUAAGGAAUUGGGCAUUCCAACCCGAGAAAGACUUGGAUUUCGUCGCUUGACCGUUAAAGCUUGGAAACUCACUUCAUUUAUGAAGCGUGGAAAAAAGUAUUUUUUUGAUGAGAAAGUGAGAUCCAUGAGUAGGUCAGUUCUGCGUGGCGUUGAUCCUAUCGACGGAAAGAAUAUGGAAGAUGCUACGUUUGAAAGGCGAAAAUACGUAGAGUUCCAUUAUACUAACAUACUAUCUAAUAUUGUGCAUGAUCCGAAUGAGAUUUACGGUAAGGUUGACAUUGAUUUCUUCGUAUUUAAAUCGAAAGAAGCUGCACAAAAUAUGGUCGAAAUGAGGAUUAAUCCAAACUUUACAUAAAACAAUGAUGUACGGUCAGGUAUGAAAAUUUCAAAUGCAUGAAAGAUCAAUAAAAGAAAUAUUUUUGCA